CAUCACCGCCUUAAAUACUCCAGUUGCUUUUCCACAUUUCUGUCGGAGGAGACAUAUAGGUUUUUCAGUGAUGUGUUUCUAAGCAGCGGGACCUCGUGGAAAAAAAGUGGCAUUUUUUAUUUUAUUUUAACGGACUCUCUGUUUUUCGGUUGCCCUUGGAAAAACCGCAGAGUGGUAUUUGUGCUCGAGAGACUCGGUUCGAGAAAGAGGGAGGCGUGAAAGGAAAACUUUUUGUGCCAAGGUGAAGAAAUCGAGGUUUGUUGUUUGCGAACGAGUCUAAAGCCAAAAGUUGGGGAUGUCUCUCUCGGUACCUCAGAACGGUGUAAAGGGGGAUAACGAACCCGUCAUCGAGCUUUUUGUGAAGGCGGGCAGUGAUGGAGAAAGUAUCGGCAACUGUCCAUUUUCUCAGCGUCUCUUCAUGAUCCUGUGGCUGAAGGGUGUAGUCUUCAACGUCACCACUGUGGACCUAAAGAGAAAACCAGCUGAUCUGCAGAAUCUGGCUCCAGGAACCCAUCCUCCCUUCAUCACCUUUAAUGGAGAGGUCAAAACCGAUGUCAACAAGAUCGAAGAGUUCCUAGAGGACGUCCUCUGCCCUCCAAAGUACACUAAACUGGGUGCAAGACACCCAGAAUCCAACACUGCAGGGAUGGACAUAUUUGCCAAGUUCUCUGCCUUCAUCAAGAAUUCCAAACCUGAUGCCAACGAGGGUAACCAGAAAUAUUUCACUCUUUCACCUCCAAACAAAAGACCUAAUGCAUAUUGCUCAGUGGAAUACUCACACAUUUGAUAAUCUUAGUUUAAU